AUGCCGCCGCGCAAGAAAGCCAAAGCCAGCGCCGCGUCGACGCCCCGCCCCGACGCGCAGCCCAGAACACCGCAGGACACGGGCGCGACGGCGGAGCAGGAGCUGCUCAACGAUGCGUGGGCCGACGAGCAGGAGACGCAGCUGUUCAAGAGCAUGAUGAAGUGGAAGCCGACAGGCCUCCACAAGCACUUCCGCAUGAUCUCCAUCCACGCCGACCUGCGCUCGCACGGCUUCGCCGCCGACGACGCUCCCCACACGCGCAUCCCCGCCAUCUGGAGCAAGGUCGCCUCCCUGUACGACCUGCGCGCCUUGGACGAGCGUGAGGACGCCUACACCUUCAGCGACGACCCGGACCCGCUUGACCCAGACGAGGCGCCCGCCAUUCCCGACUUCGAACUCCCAGAGGACGAGUUCGGCGACAUGAUCUGGGAGCGACGCUUCCACGGCCCGGAUUCCGAGGCGUCGUCUUCCCCGCCCACGCUCGCCGCCGACGACGAGAAGCUGCUCUAUGUGCCCGACAUGGGCCUGCUAAAGGACCAGCCCGAUGGCAUCCUGUCGCAGCUGACCGAAAGCGCCGCAGAGGCAACAUCGGCGUCCAAGAGAGGGAAGGGCACGCGCGCAACCAAGGGAGCUGCCAAGGGCGCGAAAGCAGGCAGAGGCCAGGCUGCAAAGAACACCAAAGCUCAGUCUGCCGUCUCCGACUCUGCAGAAGAAGAGGAAGAUGACGACGAGGACGAAGACGAGUCCAGCUCCGAAUCCGAAGAAGACACCGCCCCCAGCACCCGUAGGACCAACAGGAACAAAGGCAAAGCACAGCCAGCUCCGAAACGGACACGGAAGAGGUGA